UGUCAGGAACGGGCAACAACGGUGGUUCAUCUCCCUUGGUUUCUCUUUAUCAAGCACUCGAGGAGAAAGAGUUUUUCGGACGAGCAAAUGUACUGUACUCUGUUGUAUUAGUUGGAAAAAUUUCACCACACAUAACUAACAAUGAAGUUGGAAAAUUUUAUGAAAAGCUCACAUCCAGUUUCAUCCCGCCGGACCAUAUUACAGGUCUCUUGAUGGUUUAUCCCUAUCACGUGAUACACAUUAUUGAGGUAUUUCCGCUAAUGCCCCCACUGAGUUAGCCAGUCAAGUUUUAGAAGUUUGAUGGAAGUUUUACGAGUAAUUGCUAAGUCUGAAGAAAUCACAGAAUCUUACAUGAAUUGUCACUCUGAACAGAUAAAUAAGAGUCAGUGUGAUGCUCAAGACUAUCGACAUUUCAGUGAGUUUGAUAAUGUCAUCAUCCAAGAAAUGUACACAAAAAACUCCUUGGCU